UGUCUCUAUCUCUACCUCUAUGGUAUCACGCAACAACCACCACGUUGCGUGCUCCUAGGAGAUUAGGAUUGUACGCACCAUGUCACGGAGACCCCCCAAAGGAGAGUAUAUCGAGACCGACACAGGGAACAAGGUCUCGCGAAAGGCGAACCUUGUGGGAACACAGAACAUCAUACUGGGAGGUCGCACCGUCAUCCAACCCGAGGUGAUGAUCCGCGGCGACCUGACUCGCACGGCGGCGUCUGCUUCCUCAACUGGGGGCAGCGCGCCCGCCAACAAUACGGCCGUCGCCAUCGGCCGGUAUUGCUUUCUCAGCCGGGGAAGCUUGCUUCGGCCACCUGGCCGGGUAUAUAAGGGUGUCUUCACCUACAUGCCCCUUCGUAUGGGCGACCACGUCUUCGUCGGCCACGGUACGAUUGUGCAAGCGGCGUCGAUCGGUAAUAACGUCCAUAUCGGCCACGGGGUCGUCGUGGGCGAGUUUGUCAUAAUCAAAGAUUACGUCCGCGUCUUGGAUGGUGCCGUUAUUCCGCCCAAUAUGGUCAUUCCCAGCUUCAGCAUUGUCGGCGGCCAGCCAGCCCGCGUCGUUGGAGAAGUACCAGAAGGCGGUCACGAAACCUUUGAGCUCCGAGACUUGUACAAAACAGUCGGCAAUAAUCCGCAACCAAUCAAUGCAUGAAGCUUUGGAGCAUACCUUACAAAUACCACACUAUUCCGCUCCGUGUUGAACGAGAGCAAGUAGCGCAUCGGCCCGCGGUGUCUCGUUGAACAGCUUCCCUGCUAUGCGAUCCUAUCCGCCCUGACCGAUAGAGUCAUCGUGAUACGGUUAUCGUGCAUCUCCUUUUCUUCUUCUUUUUUUCUUUUUCUUUUUGCGGAUCGAAGAGGCGGCGGUCCGAGUCCUCGUCUUGACUUGGACGGUUUCUGGUGAGGUGGUCUUGAGAGGUUGCCGUUGCCGCAAUGAAGAAGAGGUUGUGAUAUUGGAAGAGAUGGCAUCGGCCUGUCACACGGACGGACGCUAUUCGGUGCUGACAGCCAACCUAGGCCGAGUUGCACACUUAUACGAAGACCUUAUCUUACUUCAUGUUUAACCAGCACCGUAUCCUCCAAGGCGCCGCCACCUAACCGCCAUGUUUUGGCACAUCCUCAUUUUAUUGUCCAGCGUAUCU